AUGUCUUGGUGUAAGAAGAAUAUACAAGAACGUUGGGAAAAGCGAUUUGCUUUACGAGUCGCAGAGCACGACGAAUCCAUUCUUGUACUUAAAACCAGAUUUGAUCAGGUAUGGAAUUGGUUUUCAGCUGCUGAACUUGGAAAGACUGUUACCGAGUACUGGUCGGCAUGGUAUGAACAUGCCGAGAAAGGUCUGUAUAGUGCAGACUCGUCCAGACCCCUUAUCAAACCAGAUCCAAAUUACGUUCACGACCUCGAUGAUGUUCGCCCGGAGCUGUUCACACAGAUCCUCGUGGACGGAGAAACUGAGUUCGUACCGGAUUUGAGGAAGAUAGGACUACUCGGAAGUCGUUGGAUAGUAUCGCGAAAGCGCAAUACUAAUCUUUUCGACCUUGCAAAUGUGUGGAAGAAAACAGUCUUUCGUAAACUGGAUGAAAACAUCGCUGAAAAAGGUGGUGUUGUUCCCGAAACUCAAAACGUAAGGACCCAGGAAUUCGCGGAUGCCGGGUCAGCGGAAGCUCUUCGAGUUUCCUCUACGUUCUCCACCGCUCGUGAUGUCUUCCAAAAGGCAAUCAACGACGGCGCCAUUCAGGCGAAAAAGGACGAACUGGCCUUUUGGGAUGAUAAAUGCGCACUCAAUAACUGUUAUGAAGCUGCUGCCCUCAUCGUUAAGACAACUUACGAUGAUCGCAAAUCCAGCUAUAAGCUCCCCGUUUUCUCUACAGACAACAAGGGAGUUCGUCGAAUAACAGAUUGGGUAGUGUCACCGCAGAAGAAGGCUGAAUGCAGCGCAUUGCAAACCAUUUUGCCAGCCAUCUUCUCUCAUAUCAAACAGAUUGUCAACUUGCGCCACCGCGCUUUGGCAAUCAAGAUUGAGAAAAAGCGGUCGACUGCGGCAACAGCCGAUGUCGAGAUGGCCGAUGCGACCAAACCAGGUCCAUCGAUUCAAUCCCUUAUUGAUAAGGGCUUGAAUGCACGUCUCAAGAAGCUCAACCUUGGAUCUACUUUGUCUGGCCAGAAUUCGUCCAAGGCUCCUCAACCUCAGGCCAAGAAAGCUGGCCCUUCGAAAUUCAAACCCUCGUCGACGCCUUCGCAGAAGAAGCCCCAAACCAAGGCUUCCAACAAGGUCGACAACAAGAAGAAAGGGAAGGGGAGAGCUCCCGUCAAGAACGAUCCAAAGGGAAAGGGAAAGGCAAGAGCCUAG